AUGUGCAAGCUCUUCACACAGGAGAGCCUGCACGCCGACAGCGGCGCCGACUGCAUCAGCCUGGAGCUGCGCGAGCCCGACGGCGCCCUCGUCACCCUCACGGCCGACUUCAGGCAGGAGGUGAAGAUAUUUCGUGCCUUAAUCUUAGGGGAGCUGGAGAGGGGCCAGAGUCAAUUCCAAGCGCUCUGCUUCGUCACGCGGCUUCACCGCAACGAGAUCAUCCCCAGCGAGUCUAUGGCCAAGCUGCGGCAGAAAAACCCCAGGACAGUGCGGCAGGCCGAGGAGGUUCGGGGCCUGGAACAUCUCCGCAUGGAUGUAGCUGUCAACUUCAGCAAAGGUGCCCAACUGAGCUCUCACAUUCACAAUGUCUGUGCAGAGGCCAAAGAAGCCAUUUACACUCGAGAGGAAGAUGUGAAAUUUUGGCUGGAAAAAGGGGUGGAUGGCUCCAUGUUCGAGGUCCUGCCUCAGACUUCAGACCUCCCUGACCUGCAGCGCUGCAAGCUGUGCACAGACCGCUGGAAACCCUGCAUCUGCAGCUACUCGCUCAGCAUCGAGUGGUACCCGUGCAUGCUCAAGUACUGCAAGACUCGGGAUGCUGGGGGCAAGGUUUCUUCUUAUAAGUGCGGCAUCCGCAGCUGUCAGAAGGGCUACACCUUUGAUUACUAUGUGCCGCAGAAGCAGCUGUGCCUGUGGGACGAGGAGACCUAGCAGUGCCGGGUCAGGCCUUUUCAAGGGGCAGUUUAUUUGCCUUCUGCCCCCCCUUUUAUGAUUCUAAGGGGCAUCCUGGAGUUGGCCGCUCCAAAGAAGGAAUAUGUUCUGCAGAGGUGCCUUGUACGAGGAGAGCUUUGUGUGUGCCUUUCCUUCUGGCCCCCUGCAAACCCUCUCCCCACCUAACACUGCCUCAUACUGUGAUAAGCAGCUUUAGCUCACUGCAUGUUAAUGCUCUCCUGACAGCUGCCAGGAGAGGCUGCCUCC